UUACAUUCAAAUCAUUCUCACUAUUUUCCUUAUUUUCCAUUUACAUUCAAAUCAUUCUCACUAUUCUCUUUUUCCCUCCAAAAUGAGAAGCAAGAAACGCAAAGCAACUGCCUCUCCUUCUCACCCUCCACCGUCUGAUGUUGAUGAUCGAUCACUCACCAUUACCAAAGAAGUCAAUGGCGCCAUUGAUGAACUUUACAAUGGGCAUCCAACCGAAGCCCUCAAUCUUGUCAAGUCCACCCUAUCCCGCCACCCAAACUCCGCCCUUGCACACGGCGCCCUCAGCUUCAUCCACUUAAAAAUCUCGCAUUUAGCCACCAUCAUCGACAAUUACCGCCCCGAGAUGCUCGAACAUAUCAAGAGAUCAGUCGACUCAUCUAAGCGAGCCGUGCAGUUAUGUCAAGACUCCCUCUCCUUCUGGUUCUUCCACGCUUCCGCACUCAUGGCAUUAGCCAAAAACGACGCCAAUGCUGGCUUCGAAGCCGUGAUUGAAGCAUGUGAUACCGGUUUAGCCAUCCAAUACCCCACCGUGAUCGACUAUAGCUUUGAAAUUUACAAGGACAACAACCCCGAAAGUUGGCUCACACAGUCCCAAAUUGAAUUACACAGAAAGAAACUCAGGCUUCUCAAAUUGGAAAGCAAGUAUUUCAUUGACACUACAUUUCUGGUAAUCAUAAAGAAUGAGGUUCAAGAACUACAAGGAAGAAAGGAAGAGAUCGAAGAGAAAGCUAUUGCGUUGAGGAAGAACCUCAAGAAAGUGUUGAACGAUGAAACUGUGGUGACCCGAGUCAAGGAUUACUGGAAUGACACGAUGAGUAUGGAGCUAAAGAAGGAUCUGUUGAGGAUUCGAAUCAAAAGCCUUAAACGGCAUUUUGAUAAGAAAAAAUCACCGGAGGCUGUGGCAGUGGUGAUGCAGGCGGUGGAGUACGUGAAGGCGGCGAAGAAUUGGAAGUUUUGGACGUGUUGUUGUUGUAACGAGAGGUUUUUUGACGUAAAUUCGAAUGCAGAGCAUCUGAAGAGUGUGCAUUUAGGGACUUUAUCCGAUGAGUUACGAUCUGUAGAGCCGAAAAUUGUAUCUGAUUCAAUCCAUGACUCCGUUAAAUCAAGAAAAUGGGGACCCGUCGAUGUGGUCGCAGCUGUGAAAAUGAUGGAAGAUUUGUCAAGAAAAGAGGUUGGAGAUGAAGUUUUCUUGAAACAAAAAUGGCCUUAUUGCAUCGAUAGAGAACGUGAAGCGAUCAUUAAUAAAAUCCGAGCGCUAUUAGACCAGUUCUUGAGCAUUAGAUGUUUCGUUCAGAGCCAUCUUCAAGCGUUAAUGGACUUGAUAAUGGAAAUGCUGAAGAAGCGAAUCCCGGAACAGUUGCUUAAGGAACACUGUUUGAACCGCACUCUGCUCUCAGCAUGCUUUCUUGACAUCUCAGAGCUUAAUCGUGUGUUCGAGUUCUUGGAUGAUCUCGGCAAUAUUUGUGGGUUACACGGGCUCUGCAAGGGUCUUGUGAAUGAUGAGGUUAGAGGUGAGCCAUGUGAGAAGCUUGUUUUUAAUAAGGACUUCUCUUUUGUAGAAUUCGACAAGAGAAUGUUGAGUGGACAGCUUGUUGUGCCAAAUGAUGGAGCUGCUGUUACUUCUAGUGCUGUUGAUGAAAUCGAAUUAAAUGAUGAUGAACAUAAAGAUGCUAUUGUGGAUUGGUUAUUGAAGGGAGGAACUAAUAGUGGGGAGCAAUUGAAGCAGUGGAAAAAUUUGAUAGAAACUUGUAAAGGUCAAGGGAAAGAGUUUUUCAAGAUCUACGAGGCUGAAUUUCACCGGAUGCAGAAUAUUUGUGAGAAAAAAAUAGAGUACUUGAGAGACAUUAAGGAAUGUCAGAAUUUGGAGAGUAUAUGUGUUGAAGAAGAUAAGAGGAAGGAAGAGUUUGGGAACGAACCAUUGAGUUAUGAGUCUCUCUUAUCAAAGCGGGAGAGACAGAUUAAGAACACAAAUGACGAGAAUUUUGAGUCAGAUAUCAUAUGGAAAAUUUUGGCAGGACAUCAUGUGGACAAUGAAAUAAAUUUGGAGAUUAAAAAGCUACUUGAUGAGAUGGCACAUCAUGGGGACAAUGAAAUAAAAUUGGAGAUUAAAAGGCUGAUUGAUGAGAUGACAGCAAAGGUUGAUUGA